AUGACUGACGUUCCUCUUCCUGAAUGCCUUCCAAAGCCAGAAAAACCGAAAGCUGCAGAACCACAACAGUCUCCUCAGCAACCUCAGUUCCAGCAAGUACCUCCGAAUUACUACCAAUUUCCACCUCAAGGUUACUACCCACCACAAGGCUUCCCGAACUACCCUCCUCAGCCUAUGCCUUACUGCCCCAACCCUUGGAUGUUUAUGCAAAACCCUGCCCCACAAUUCCAAUCUCAGUCCAAGAGAGACCAAGACUUCGAAGAAGGUCUGAACCGCUUACGCAAAGAGUAUGCUACAGCUCCAAUUGAGAGAAAGUUGUUCCCGGACCAAAAAAUAUAA